UUCUCACGUAGAUUGCUGAUAACUCCCCGUGGGAACCGUGUUAAUCCUUCGGCUAGAUAUUCUCCACAGAAUGCUCAGCAGAGGGCCGUGAGCAUCUUAAACCCUUGGCCCCCCCCCUGCCAGCAGCUCCCCGUCGCCCUUUGCCUACACAUAUGGGCCAGUCAAAGAGCAAGCUUUCCCCAGAACAGCUCGCCGAUCUACAGAAGAACACAUAUUUUGACAAGAAAGAACUCCAACAAUGGUAUAAGGGCUUUCUCAAGGACUGUCCCUCUGGCCAGCUGGGGAAAUCAGAGUUCGGUCGAAUAUACAAGCAAUUCUUUCCCUUUGGGGAUCCCGGGGAAUUCGCAGACUAUGUCUUCAAUGUCUUCGACGAGAACAAGAACGGCACCAUCGAUUUCAAGGAAUUCAUCUGCGCACUCAGCAUUACAAGUCGUGGACGACUAGAUGAGAAGCUCAAAUGGGCAUUCCAGCUGUAUGACAUAGAUAAAGACGGUUUCAUCACAUACGCAGAGAUGCUGCAGAUCGUGUCCUCCAUAUAUAAGAUGACAGGCCAGAUGGUAAAACUACCAGUUGACGAAGAUACCCCUGAAAAGCGAGUGGACAAGAUUUUCAGAAACAUGGAUAGGGACAAGGACGCGAAGCUCACAUAUGAUGAGUUUGUCGAAGGCAGUAAGCAAGACCCCACCAUAGUACAGGCAUUAUCGCUAUACGACGGUUUGGUAUAGCAAAUUGCCCCUUUGCGCCACACAGGCGCUUGUACCUUAUUGGUAACGACGUUUCACGAAGAACCGCCUGCUGCAUCCACAUUUGUAUUCCAUCGGGCUGUGACUGCGCUUUCGUAUACGGAAC